AUGACUCGUUCUUUAUUUUUAUCGCCAUCUGAUAGAAUAUCAAGCGGUAUAAAACGCGACACUGUACCCUUACUAAAUUUGCCAUUUGAUGAUUUACAGAAUAAUGUAGAUGCAACAUCAACUCCCACAGUUGUAAUUGAACAGCCGCCAUCGACAAGAGCAUCCAAUGGAAGUUGUUCCCAUGAUUACGGUACACAUUUACGAGCCAAAUUGCGAUUCUUUUUAAUGUCACCAUGCUGGAAAUGGCAUGUGAAACGACAAUGUCCAUGGAAAGCAUGGUUUCAAUUUAUUAAAAUUUUAAUUUUAACCUCACAGUUAUAUGUUUUUGGUAUUGAAAGAGAAACACAUGUGAUGUAUUUAUCUGAAAGUAAUAUAACAUUUCAUCAUUUAUUUGUCCGUGGUUGGAGUUCCGAAGAUGAAACAUUGCCAUAUCCAAGAGCAUCGGGCGAUUUUGCUGUUUAUACUCAUCAAGAUUUCAUGGAUUCAAUCAAUUAUGCUGUAAAACGAUUCGAUAAUGUGACAGAUAUAUCAUUAGGCUUAUUUGACUAUCAUGACCAUUCAACAGACAAAUCAUCGAGAUCAUAUUCAGAAUCAACUGGACGUUUGGUUAAUGUAUGUUUAAAUCGUUUUAAAACAUGCCGCAUUGAUCCAGCUACCCAUACUUACGUAUUAGAUUCGCAUACUGAAAAUAUUUGUUUUGCUAUUAAUGCAUCAAAUGAUUUUGAUUUCGAAAAAUAUUUAUUAAGAGUGCAUAAUGAAACAAUAAAUUAUUGUGGGCUGAAUUUAUUAACAAUUGAAUUCAGUUUACAUGCUGUUCAAAUUAAAAAUCAAAAACCGUUUAGUCUACCUGAUUGUUAUCAUUUUUUAAUCAAAAUAGUAUUUGAUAAUAAUGUUCGAACAGGAAAAAUUCUUCAACAUCUUAAUUCAGAAGCAUACUUUCGUACGUGUAAUCAAAAAGUGGUACAACAGAAUGCAAGUUUUAGUUUAAUUCGUCGUAAUUUAUUAAUUACUUUGGACUGUAUGGUUUUAUUUAUAAGUGUUAUUUCAUUUAUUCUUUGUGCACGAUCAUUAUGGUUUGGACAUUGUUUAUGUAAAGAAGUUCGCCGAUAUUAUUCUCGAGAACGGUCUAAUGAGAGUCCAUUAACUUGGAGUGAUAUACAAAUUUUUUAUUCUUUCUGGUAUUUUCUUAUGAUAAUAACAGAUCUAUUGGUUAUACCAGGAACAAUUAUUAAAAUUGCAAUUUUAUUUAAAACGAUUGAUUUAUAUAAUGCAGCCGGUUUAUUACUUGGUUUAAGUAGUUUAUUUUCUUGGUUUUGUAUUCUACGUUAUUUAUCAUUCUUCCCUAAAUAUAAUCUAUUAUUUGAAACAGCUCAAAAAGCCUUACCAUUAAUUCUUCGAUUUCUUUUAUGUUCAUUUAUUAUUUAUUGUGGAUUUAUGUUUUGUGGAUGGAUUGUACUAGGUCCUUAUCAUACUAAAUUUCGAACUUUAUCAACAACGUUUGAAACAUUGUUUGGAUUAAUUAAUGGCGAUGAUAUGUACGCUACAUAUGCUAAUAUAGAAACCGAAUCGGUUUAUGUAUGGCUGUUCUCAAAAAUAUAUUUAUAUUCAUUUAUAUGCUUAUUCAUUUAUGUUGUAUCAAGUUUAGUUAUUGCUUUGAUUAUUGAUGGAUAUGAUACAGUUAAAAAAUAUUAUACAGAUGGGUUUCCAAAGAGUCGUUUACAAAAAUUUAGUGAAGAAAAUCUUCCUCAACGAUCAAAUCAAAACGAUUGGCAAACUUUAACAACAGCAAUCGGUGCACGAUCCGUGUGUUUUCCAUGUUGUUUCAAAACUCCACAAAGCUUAAAAGAUAUGAUAACAGCCGAUACUUAUCUUGCAAGACACGUCAAUGUAUUUAGUUAA